AAUUAUAAAAAAAUUUAUUAAUAUAAUACUUGUACAAUAUACAACUUAUAAAUUUAUUUUUUAAAAAUCAUUUUGUUUGCUAUCAGUUCCAUAUCUCAUCAAAAAAUAAAAUUAAUUUUUUUAUUCAUUUUUUAUAUAUAUUAAAUAAUUCUAACGUGUUUUUUGUCUAUUUUAUAUAUCUUGAAAUUUUUGUUAUAUUCUUUUACUUUUCACUUUCAUAUUAUUUUUGUUUUUAAUUUAUUUAAAAAUUUUUUUUGUAUUAUAGUUAAAAAAUAUAUUUAUAUUAGAAUGUAGUAAUGUUGAACAUAAAAUUGUUACAUUACAUAAUUUUUUAAAAAUCAAUUUCUCUUUAAAAUCCUCAAUUAUAAUUUUAUAUCAAAAUUUAUCUUAUUUAAUUAUAAUUCCUUUUUAGUUUUAAAAAAAUAAAAUGGCAACACUAUAUAUUCAAGUCUAAAGUUCUAUUAAAUUUGUUUUAUUCAAUAUAUAAUAUAUUAAUAUAUAAUAUAUCUAAUAACUUUGUAAUUUCUAUAUAUUUAGUUAUAUUCAAAAUUUUUUGUCAAAAAUUGAUUAUAAAUUUAAAUAAAUAUAAAAAUUUUUUAUAAGAAAUAAUAGUAUUUUAAAAGAAAUUCUUAUAUUUAUUUAAUUUUUUAACCAAUUUUUGAAUAUUAAAAAAAUUUAAUAAAUUUAUUAUUUUUAUUAUUUUUUAUUUUUUUAUUAAUUUUAUUAUUUUUUUAUCGUUUUUAAUCGAAUUUAAACUUUUAAUUUUUUUUAUGGUAUCAAUAAUAAUGGAUUUUAAAAAUAGAUUUUUUUCACUGUUGAUAUUAAUUUUAUAUAAAUCAUCUAUUAUGCAGAAUUUUUUAGAAAAUUUUUAAUUUAAAAAAAAUCUAAAAUAUUCAAGAAGCAAGAUAUUAAAAUUGUACUAUUAUACUUUGAAAUUAUAUAUUAAAAUUUAUAAAUAUUUGUACAAACUUAUAUAUAACAUAUAGAUUAAGUUUUAAAAAUUAUAAAAUAUUUUAAUAAAUUGAAAAUAAUCAAAGUAUUUUUUUAUAUUUUUUUAAUAAAAAUAUUAUAUAAAACUAUUCAUUACUAUAAUACUUUUUUCAUGCAUUAGCAAUAUAUGAUAAUAUCAGUUAUCAUGUCAUGGAUGAUAUUUUCUUUUGUUUCUUUUGCAUGAAUUUUUGAAUAUUUUUUAAAAUUUCUUGUCUUUUUUGAAUUUUGUGAAAAAUAUGUAUAUAAUUGAAUUCUUCAUGUUCAUCAAGUAAAUUAUUGCAUGAUAUUCACCGAAUAAUAAAUACAUAAAUAAUAAUUUCCUUAUUGAUUAAAAAAAAUUAAUAAAUUCCAUUUUUCCAACAUUAUAUAUGUAUACAUUAAAACGCUUAUAUAAAUUUUUUGUAAUGCCACUUUGAAUCUUGAUUAAAUAUUUCAUAUUUAUGAUAUAUAUUAAAAUACAUAAAGUUUUAACAUCUGAUACAUCAAAGCUCUUAUAUAUUAGUAAUGAAAAGUAUUUAUUUUAUAGCAUUUAUAUCUGUUUUAAGAUAUGUUUUAAGAAUAAAUUUAAUAAUAACAUUUUUUAUGAUAUUAUUUUUAUUCUUUUCAAAAACAUAUUUUUUAUUAUAUUUGAAUCAAGCCAAAUUGUUUUAUACAUUUCAAUAAAAUAUUGAAUAUUCAAUAAAUGAGAAUUUUUAUUAUACUAUAAUAAUAUCCAAACAAAUCUUUAAUUUUGCUUUUUUUAGAUUUUUUUUAUCAAUAUUAAUGAAUAUUCUUUUGUUUAGAAACAUUGAUGAUAUUUCUUUUUCUCUUAAUUAUAUUUAUAUUAUAACUGAAUUUUUAUAUUUCAAUAGUUUAUUUAUUUUUGUUAUAAUAAUUUUAUUGUAGACUUUACAUUUUGUCUUAUAUAAAUUAUAUCAUUGCAUUUCAAAUCAAAACUUGAAAUCUGGAUCCUUUGAUUAUACAUUGCGAAAUAAUUAUUUCUUACUUUUUUUUAAAAGAAAAGGAAAACAUGCUAUUAAUGUUGCUAUUGCUAUUAUUAUAUAUAAUUGUAUAUAUAUAUAUAUAUAAAAUUUAUAAUUUAUGAUUACAUAUAUAUAUAUAUAUAUAUAUAUAUAUAUAUGUAAUCAUGAAUUAUAAAUUUUAAAUAAUUUUUAAAUUAUAUUAAUACAAAAAUAUCAAAUAUUUAAAUUUAUUAAAUAUUUUAUUUGAAUCCUAUUAUUUAUUUUAAAAUUGCAAAUAAAAAAACAGCAAAAUUAAAAAAAAUUCAAGAUACAACACUAUAAAGUUAAUCUAAAAAUUAAACAUCGUCCCAUAAAAAUAAUAAAAGGUUACGUAUUUUUUUCGUAAUUUAUUGAAGAAGAAUUGAGUCACAUUUAGAAAUAGUAGAAAUAGCAACUAAAGUCCAUGUUUCAAUGUCUUCGUUUAAUAAAUCAUUUCCUUAUAUUGUUAUCUUUUGAUAUCAUUGGAAGCCAUUUUGUUUCGAUAUUUCUGACAAUUGUAUGAAUUAAUGAAACAAAUUUUUAUUAAGUGAUUGAAUACAAUAAUACUAUUGUUUACAUUACUAUGAAUGCUAUCUUAGGCGUUGGACGCACAAUUAAUAUAUUCUGUAAACGAUGUCUCAGUUCUUUUAAAUUACCUUCAGAAUUUGUUAUACCAAUAAAUAAUGAUAUGAUUAUCUGUUGGCAUCCAGAACGAGAAUUUCCUUACAAAUGUUCAUUACCACUACCACAAGAAAAAGAGACUUUAUCAAAUUCUAUUUUAUGUAUUGGUGAAAAAGAAAUUGCUGAUGUUUUUAAGCAUAAAAAAAAAGAAAUUGUCAUUGAAGAACUUCGUAAAAUGACAUACACUACAAAACAUAGAUGGUAUCCUAAAAAACGGUUGUUGAGAUUUAAAAAAGUAGAACCAGACAGACCAUAUCUGUAAUAUGUUAUGUAUUUUUAAAAUGUAAAUUAAUAUAAUAAAAGAAAGAAUAAAGGAAUAUUAAAAUAAAAAAAUAAUAUAAUUUUAAAAAAUUA